AUGUUUAAAGGCGGCAUUGGUUUUGCAUUUGAAGCAGAGUUGUUAGCCAUCAUUACUGCCAUCAACAUUGCUCAUGACCAUGGUUGGAUGCAUCUUUGGGUUGAGGCCGACUCUAUGUAUGUCGUUCGCUUAUUGGAGACUUGUUCCAUGGAUGUUCCUUGGCGCUUCAUGGUGUCUUGGAAACAUAUUCUUCGUCUUCUCCCGGAUUUUAAAUUGAUCGUCACUUACAUUUAUAGGGAGGGAAAUAUGCCAGCUGAUAUUAUGGCUAAUGGUGAGAAAUAUGAGGGUUGGUGGCCUUUUGCUAUUAAGGAGAUUCGUCAAGCUGUUGCUAGAGAUAUGUCGACCCAUAGCCAUGUUAGAGUCGUUCAUUAG